AUGCCUCCAGUUUAUCUAGUUGAGAAUCAUCUUUUGUGCAGGAAGAACCGAGCAGGUGAAAAAGUUCUCCCAAACGGCCAAGUUUGGAAGCCUGAGCUGAUGCUUUUGUGUUACUCUAUCAAAGUUUUGUCCGAAGCAGUUUAUCUGAUGAAGCCUCGAGAAGAACCGCCACUGAACUACCGCAACGUUUUUGGAUCUCUUUGGCCCAAGCUGUCUCUCCCUAGCUUGUUGUCUUGGCUGUUGCCGUCCCGUUCACAUCCUUCAGACCAAGGUGGUGAAGUUGAUGAUGUGUCUGACUCUGAGGAUGAUGAUGAGGAUGAGUAUGACCAGCUUCCACCGUUUACGCCUAUCCGGAGAACUCAGCUUACAAAACUCUCAAAGGAACUGAGAAAGGCGUAUUUCGAGGAGUAUGAUUACCGUGUAAAGCUCCUGCUGAAGAAGCAAUGGAGAGAAGGCUUGAAGAAAAAUGGAAAGAAGAGUAGUGUAUAUGGAGAAGAAGUGGAUCCAGAGAACAACCGGGCUCCAGUUACAUUACCAGAUAUGGUAUUGCCACCUUCAUUUGACAGUGAUAACUCAGCUUAUCGUUACCGCUCUCUAGAAUCCACUUCACAGUUCGUUACGAGGUCAGAGUUGGAUACUCAAGUCUGGGACCAUGAUUGUGGAUAUGACUGUGUCAUUGCAGAACAUACUCUGGCCAUAGCUAAACGUUUUCCUCUUGCAAUCACCGUUCAAAUGACUAAGGACAAGGAAGAGUUCGAUAUCCAUCUGGACUCUUCUGUUUGUGCUAAGCACGGGGACAAUGGUUCCACCAUGGCAGGGCUCACUGUCCGGAGUGUAAGUAAUCAGCUUAUGUACGUGGUCGUAGGAGAAACCAAAUUCAAUAACUUUAGGAAGAACAAGACGACUCUUGGAGGGUCUGUCACAUUCUUCGGUGAGGAUGUUGCGAUUGGUCUCAAACUCGAGGACCACAUCACGCUCGGGAAAAGGAUCGUCCUAGCUGGAAACGCAGGGACCGUGCAGUUGCGGGAAGAGUCAGCUUAUGAGGCAAACGUCGAGGUGAGGCUAAGAGAAGCUGAUUUUCCGAUAGGACAAAACCAAUCUUCUUUGGGGCUGUCUCUAACCAAGUCUAAAGAAGAAGAUCUAACCCUCUCAGCGAAUCUCCGGUCUCAAGUCUCUGUAGGAAGACAAACGAAGGUAGCAGCUUUUGCAAGUCUUGACACCAAGAGGACCGGACGUUUCACAGUCAGAACCAGCAGCUCAGAUCAGUUGCAGAUCGCGGUCAUGGCCAUUCUUCCUCUUGCCAUGUCCAUCUACAAGAGGGUUGUUGGAUCAGGAGACAACUGA